AUGCUGUCUUCUAUUGGACGCGCCGCCAUUAGGCGAUUGGUCUCAUCAGGAUCUGCUACCGCACCCCGCCACAUUUCAGUAUCCCGCAUUCCUGUCAAUUCCGUGGGACACGGUCGCAGCGUCUUCCGUGCGCUUUCCACUACUCCGGCACAAUCCAAGGCUGCUGUCGCCACGGAAAUUGAAAAGGCCCCAACCAAGCGAGCCACCAAGAAGCCGGCAGCCACCAAAGCACCAGCUAAAAAGGCAGCAACCAAGACAACUAAGAAGGCUGAGACUACCACCAAAGCAACCAAGACAGCCAAGCCUAAGGUUGCCGCCGCAGCCAAAUCGAAGGCUAAGCCUAAGGCGAAGGCGAAGGUGAAGGCGAAGGCUAAGCCUAAGCCUAAGGGCAAGCCUCGUGCAAAGCCGAUAGACCCAGAGAAGUUGAAAAAGAAGAAGGAACUUAUUGAGAAGAGAGAGCUCAGGAAGGCGGCAUUGUUCACCGAGCCGAAACAGCUUCCUACCAAUGCCUGGACUUGUUUCAUAGUCGAGAAAAUCAACGGCAAGGAGGGUAGCCUCGAAGGCAGAAUGCGAGUGCUCGCUCCUGAAUUCAAGGCCCUUCCAGCCUCCGAGAUAGAGCGACUUGAGAAAAUUGGCGCGGAGAACAAGAUUCUCAACGCGGAAGCCUAUAAGGCAUGGGUGACGAGUCACACCGUUAUUGAAAUGCACAAUGCCCGAAAGGCUCGCAAUUCUCUGAAGCGAAAAUACAACAUCCCUGCGUCGGGGUCUGUCAAGAAUAUUCGUGAUGAUCGUAUCCCCAAGAUGCCCAGCAAUUCCUUCAGUCUUUUCACAAAGUCCAAAUGGGCAUCUGGAGAUAUCUCACACAUGCCUUUGGUAGAAGGAGUCCGGGCCGUCACCCAGGCGUGGAAGGACUUGCCCGACAAUGAGCGUGCUCCAUUCAUCGAGCAGGCGAAGGCCCUUCAGGAAAAUUACGCAAAACAGUGUGAAACGGUUCUAAACCGCGGACCCUGGAAGAACACGACGACCAAGCCGUAA